AUUAUUUUAUACUACAAACAGAAAGCGAUCCAUCUGGUUUUCAAAUUUUGAAAACCAAACGUUCCUGAUUUUCGUCACUUUCCUCCACCACCGCCGCUCCACCUGCUGCAUCGGGGAAUGCAAAUAGCCGACGUCUUACCCUUUUGAUUCUCACGUCACGUGUUUCCAGCUUAUCGAUCGAUCGAAGCACAUUUGUAUCUGCCGAAAUGUCUCUGCUAAGUAGGUUCUUUUACAAGAGACCACCAGAUGGGUUGCUUGAGUUUGCUGAUAGAGUUUAUGUUUUUGAUUCUUGUUUUUGCACGGAAGUGUUGGCUGAUGACUUGUACCAAAUCUUUCUCCACGAAGUCAUCAACGAUCUACACGAAGACUUCCCCGAAUCAUCUUUCCUCGCUUUCAAUUUCCGAGAAGGCGAGAAAAGAAGCGUCUUCGCCGAGACUCUCUGCGAAUACGACGUCACGGUCCUCGAGUAUCCACGCCAAUACGAAGGCUGCCCUUUGCUCCCUUUAUCACUCAUCCAGCACUUUCUCCGCGUCUGUGAGAAUUGGCUAUCUCGUGGGAACCGUCACGAUGUUAUUCUUCUUCACUGCGAGAGAGGAGGCUGGCCGCUUCUGGCUUUUAUCCUCGCCAGCUUUCUUAUUUUCAGGAAAGUUCAUAGCGGUGAGCGCAGGACUCUUGAGAUUGUGCAUCGUGAGGCUCCUAAAGGUCUUCUGCAGCUGCUCUCUCCCUUGAACCCUUUCCCUUCUCAGCUUCGUUAUCUUCAGUAUGUGGCCAGGAGGAACAUCAGUCCUGAGUGGCCGCCUCCUGAGAGAUCUCUUUCUUUGGAUUGUGUGAUUAUUCGUGCUAUUCCCAACUUUGACUCCCAGCAUGGAUGCAGACCCAUUAUACGUAUCUUUGGAAGAAACUACAGUAGCACCUCUGGUCUUUCCACCGAGAUGCUUUAUUCUAUGUCUAAUAAGAAAAAGCCCCUUCGGCAUUACCGACAGGCAGAAUGUGACGUGAUCAAACUUGACAUCCAGUGCUGGGUGCAAGGAGAUGUUGUACUGGAGUGUGUGCAUAUGGAUUUAGAACCAGAACGAGAGGUUAUGAUGUUCCGUGUGAUGUUCAAUACUGCAUUUAUCAGGUCCAACAUACUAAUGUUGAACUCGGACAACUUGGAUAUUCUUUGGGAGGCCAAGGAUCAUUAUCCAAAAGGGUUUCGAGCAGAGGUUUUGUUUGGAGAAGUUGAGAAUGCUUUGCCUCAGAAAGUUCCAACCCCAAUAGUAAAUGGUGAUGAGACUGGUGGCUUGCCCAUCGAAGCCUUUUCUAAAGUUCAAGAACUUUUUAGUGGUGUGGAUUUGGCUGAAAAUGGAGACGAUGCUGCUCUGUGGUUGCUGAAACAACUUGCUGCAAUAAAUGAUGCAAAGGAGUUCACAAGAUUUCGGCACAGAGGGGGUUUCUACAUGAAUUCUCCUGACUCUGAAGAGGAGACCAACACAUCUAGUGCAGCUGAUAGUUCAGAUGAAGGCUUUGAUGCCAUUCAUAGACCUCGCAUUUCUCUCGCUUUUGAUAAUGAUGACACCGAAGACAUUCCUAUAUCUUUUGCUUCGGAAUCUUCAGAGGAGCCUAACGAAUUCUCUCGUGGACAACAGCAAGAAGUUCCAUCGAAAGACAGUGUCCAGCCUUCGGUUCUUCCAUCUUCUGCCACACUUUUACCUCCGCCACCACCACCGCCUCUCCCUAUUUCCAGCAGUAGAGAUCCUCUGACAACAUCACACCAGCCUAUCAACAAAACCCCACCACCACCACCUCCUCCUCCACCUUUCUCUAGAAGCAUUUCUCCACCUUCAGCUCCACCUCCUCCACCACCACCACCUUCAUUUGGGAGCACAGUAAAUAAACUUCAGGCACAAACACCUCCACCACCUCCUCCUCCUCCACCUUUCUCUAGAAGCAUUUCUCCACCUUCAGCUCCACCCCCUCCACCACCACUCCUGCCACCUCCGUUUGGGAACACAGGAAAUAAACUUCAGGCGCAACCACCUCCACCACCACCUCCUCCUCCACCUUUCUCUAGAAGCGUUUUGCCACCUUCAGCUCCACCCCCUCCACCUGCACCACCUCCACCACCUCCUCCUCCACCUUUCUCUAGAAGCAUUUCUCCACCUUCAGCUCUGCCCCCUCCACCACCACCCCCGCCACCUCCGUUUGGGAACUCAGGAAAUAAACUUCAGGCGCAACCACCACCCCCACCUCCACCGCCACCUAUAUCUCAUUCUGUUCCUGCUCGUGCUGGCCCACCUUCAGCACCCCCACCACCUCCACCUCCACCUCGUAAGGCUAAUAUUUCAAAUGCCCCCAUGCCACCUCCUCCACCACCUCUUCCUCCUUCAUCUGGAAAGUUGGGUGCUCCCCCUCCGCCUCCACCACCACCACAUCUUCCAUCCCCAAAGUUGGGUGCUCCCUCUCCUCCUCCACCACCACAUCCUCCUUCAUCCGCAAAGUUGGGUGCUCCCCGUCCGCCUCCACCACCACCACUAUCCAAAACCCCUGCUCCCCCUCCGCCACCUCUAUCCAAGACCCCUGCUCCUCCUCCACCAGCGUUGGGUCGUGGUACAAGUAGUGGCCCACCACCAUUGGGAGCAAAAGGUUCAAAUGCACCGCCGCCACCUCCUGCUGAAGGAAGGGGCAGAGCUUCCUCUGGACUUGGAAGAGGCCGAGGUGGUGUGCCUACUGCCGCACCUACGAAAACCGUGCUAAAGCCUUUGCACUGGUCUAAAGUUACUCGGGCAGCAAAAGGUAGUUUGUGGGCUGCUGAUACUCAAAAACAGGAAAAUCAACCUCGUGCCCCUGAAAUAGAUAUAUCAGAGCUCGAGAGUCUUUUUUCUGCAGUUUCAGAUACCGCUGCUAAGAAAAGCACAGGUCGCAGGGGUUCGAAUAUUAACAAACCUGAGAAAGUUCAACUGGUUGACCUGCGAAGAGCAAAUAACUGUGAAAUAAUGCUUACGAAAAUUAAGAUUCCUCUACCAGAUAUGCUUAGCGCAGUUCUAGCCUUAGAUUCGUCAGUUCUGGACAUCGACCAGGUUGAAAAUCUCAUCAAAUUUUGUCCGACGAAGGAAGAAAUGGAAUUGUUGAGGAAUUAUACUGGUGAUAAAGAAAUGCUUGGAAAGUGUGAACAGUUUUUCAUGGAACUAAUGAAGGUUCCACGUAUAGAAGCAAAGUUACGAGUGUUUGGUUUUAAGAUUACCUUUGCUUCUCAGUCGGAAGAAUUAAAAAGCUGCCUCAAUACAAUAAACGUUGCUGCUAAAGAGGUGAGGGAGUCUGCAAAGUUGCGUCAGAUUAUGCAAACAAUAUUAACACUAGGAAAUGCUCUGAAUCAGGGAACUGCAAGAGGGUCUGCUGUGGGAUUCAAACUGGAUAGCCUUCUUAAAUUAUCUGAUACUCGUGCAAGAAAUAACAAAAUGACUUUGAUGCAUUACUUAUGCAAGCUUGUUGGUGAAAAAAUGCCAGAGUUGCUGGAUUUUCCCAGUGACCUUGUUCACUUGGAAGCUGCCUCGAAGAUUGAAUUGAAAACGUUGGCUGAAGAAAUGCAGGCGGCGACUAAAGGCCUUGCAAAGGUUGAACACGAACUCAGUGCUUCAGAAAACGAUGGUGCAAUAUCUGUGGGCUUCCGAAAGGUCUUGAAGGAGUUUCUUGAUAUCGCUGAAGAAGAAGUGAGGUUGCUUGCUUCUUUAUAUACAGAAUCGGGGAGAAAUGCAGAUUCCUUGUGCCACUACUUCGGUGAGGAUCCAGCUCGGUGUCCUUUCGAACAAGUGACCAAGAUUCUGACUCUUUUCAUGAAAACUUUCAUCAAAUCACGAGAGGAGAAUGAAAAACAAGCGGAGGCUGACAAGAAGAAACUGGAGAAAGAAGCAAUGAAGGAGAAGCCAUUGGUAAAGAAAGACGGUGCUGAUCCAUAGACAUAGAACGUGAACUAAGGUCGGUCUUUAACCAAAGACCCGAGGGUUUCAGAUUUGAUGAAAGCUUUGUUUUCAGUGUUGCACAUACCAAACAGGAGCAGGCAUCUGUUAAGAUUAGAGUCACGAUCUCUCUCUUGUAACUCUCUUAACAGUGAAUAUAUAUGAAAAGUACGAUUGCAA